AUGGGCGUGGGAGCAUUUCUCGAGCCUCUAAUCGUGGUGAGCCUUCUGGCCGGGGGAACCAUCAUCAACCGCGAUAGACCCGGCAGCGGCAGGCGGAGGGCCUACGAGAAGGAGAUUCGGUCAUCGUCCUCAUCUCCGAAGCGCUCAUUCGCUGGGGAUUCUCUCGAGGCAGAGUCGGCAAGGCGGUGGUCGGGGGAUGAUGAUGAUUCGAUGCCGCUCAGUCCGUGGAGCGGUUCUUCACGUGGUUCCUCGACGACACUUCUUAGCCAAGGGGAUGAUGACCUCGGCCCUAAGUGGCGAUAUCGAACGUUGCGGCUCUGGAAAUGGGAGAAGAAAGUCAUCACACCGAACACGGAGGUUUUCGAGGACCGAAUUCUCAGCCGAGUUUUGCGAAGGUUGCCGUUCCUUGUUGAGGCGUGGUACUGGGCCUUGAUAUACUGGGUGUACCAGGUCGGUCGAGCCGUCGGCGCCCUGACCAUGGAUGAGAAUACCGUCGACGUCGCGCGGCGACAUGCCCUGCAGCUCAUCCACUUGGAACAGCGGCUUCACAUUUUCGUUGAGCGGCCCAUUCAGGAGUGGUUCCUGCAGCACGCGACGCUGAUGCACUGGACGAACCGGGCUUACUCUUUCAUCCACAUCCCGGGUAGCAUCCUCUUCCUCGUAGUAUUCUAUUACCUCACCACCACACGGCCGAGGAAAAUGGCACAGAGCGCCCUGCCGAACAAGUCCACACCCACGGCAGCUGGCCGGCCUGCGCUCAACCCAGCCCUGUAUGAGCAGAGGCGAAGGACGAUGGCAAUGUGCAACCUCUUCGCCUUCAUCAUUUUCACUUGUUGGCCCUGCAUGCCGCCGAGGCUGCUGAGCGACCCGAACUAUAGCGGCCCGGACGCGAAGGAGGCGAGGGGAUACGGGUUCGUCGACACGGUCCACAGUGCGGAUGGCGAGAGCAGUGUGUGGACUACCAACAAGUUCUGCAACCAAUAUGCCGCCAUGCCAUCCCUCCACUUCGGGUAUUCGCUCCUCAUCGGCCUCACCGUGGCCACGAUGCCCGUCCAGUUCCGCGGUUGGCGACGUAUGGCACUGGUCAUGGGUGGCAUGGCGUACCCAGCCCUCAUCCUGACCGCAAUUGUCGCCACGGCCAACCACUUCGUGCUCGAUGCCGUUGCCGGUGCGUGCGUAGUUGCUGUCGCGUGGCACGCUCAGGGUAUUAUGUUGAACUUGCUUGUGCUCGAGGACUAUUUUUUGAGGCUCGUGCGGAUCCACAAGCCAUCCAAAGAUCUGGGGAACCCGAGGGAUAUGUCGAUCGAAUAG